AGAACUUUAGUCUGUAUCGUGACGUCACAUAAUUAGAGUAAAUACAAAGUGUAUUAUAGACGAGUGAGAUGGUGUCGGCGUGCCGUUUUCGUGUGUCGUGAUUAUUUUCAAGAAAAUUUAAUAUUUAAAAAAAACAAAAAUGGAUUGUGGCGACGUGCAGUUGGUGGGAGGUCCGUGCGGCCAACACGGACCCUACACCUUCUACAAGGCGUUCAGGUACCAGAAAAGCGGCGCGAAGAAAAUCGUCACGAUCAGCGAGUUUUUCUUCGUGAAAAUGUGGCAAAACUCGGAUCUGUUGUGCAUCGGCGAGUUGCAACUGUUAUGGUACGACAAGAACAGCGAACAAACCCUGGCCAGUUUACGAUUGUACUUUUUGCCGGAGAACACGCCCGAGGGCAGGGUGGAUCAGGGAGAGGACGAGGUGCUGGCAAUAUCCGAAAAAGUCGUCAUCCGACUGGAAGACCUGAUCAGCUGGAUCACCGUGAACACCGAAUGGAACUGGGGCCGACUGGCCAAAUGCGAGAGCGACCUUCGAGACGUCCCCCCCAUCGAAACCGACCAGUUGGCACGUCCGCGCAGGCCCGCCGGUCACAGUUUCACCUUGUCAGAGGUCGUCAUGGACUUCUCCGAUGUGGAACAAGAGCGCGACAAGUUCGAGGAAUCAGAUCAGGCGGGAGGUCCGCACGUCGUUAUCCUGAGUUUCCCGAAGUACUGCCGUUACCGCGCGAUGAUGACCCGCCUGGAAGGGGUCGAGGAUCGAUAUUUGAAGUAUAAAAUCGUGAACGCUUUGGGGGGGUUUUACGUGAAACACCCCAACACUAGGGUGCUCUUUUGUCGGGACACCUUCGACUAUCCGGAACUGGAGGGGCACGAGUUGCUCUGCAACCAUUUGGCCCCCAAGUUGAAGGGGCGUCCGCGGGGCAAACGGAAAAAGAGGAGCGCGUCCCCCGCGGCGUCCGAAAGUAACGAGUCCGAGUCGUCGGUUACCAGUCAAUACGCGAGGGUCAACGAGAGGUCGACGGUGGACUCGCAGGUGGCCACUCGACGCAGCGCCCGCUGUCACGAGAACAACGAGAACAAACAAUUCGUCAAACUGCUGACCGCUUUCAUGAAGAGCAAACGGCUGCCGUUGGGCCGGAUACCGUCACUGGGGUACAAGGAACUGAACUUAUACGAAUUCUACACGAGGGUCCAAAAACUCGGAGGGUACGACUGCGUGACCACCAACCGUUUAUGGAAAUCGGUUUUUGACGACAUGACCGGACAUUUGAACAGUACCAGUGCCGCCACGGUCAUUCGACGACACUACGAGAGGCUCUUGUUGCCGUUCGAGCGGCACGAGAAAGGCGAGGAAGACAAACCGAUGCCGGAACGCGGCGGCAGAAGACGGAAACCGGAAGAGAACGAGUCCGGAAACGAGUCGGAGGCGAGUAGCGCCUCGUCCUCCUCCUCCUCUUCUUCGUCCUCCUCGUCCAGUUCGCGCUCUAGGUCGGACAGUAGUAACGGAAGUACGCCACCGACGUGCGGUUUAGGCAAUAAGGAAUCCGGUUCGGGCAGUAAAACCUCCUCGCUACGUAGCGUCCGAGUGAAACCCGACCGUCAAAAGGACAAAAACCGUGAACCUCAAGGCAAUACGGAAGUGACUCAUGUCCCGAAUUCACCGGAACCAGAGAGGGAGGUUCCCAAAGAGGAAGUCGGAGAACCGGGAAGGCAGCAAGAGUCCGGUUUACCGGACCGGGUAGAACUCGACCCGUUCAAGGAGGAGCGAAUAGCGAAAACGGAACCGUCCGUGCCGGAGGGCAGUCGAUCCGAGGGUUCGAUCCUUCCGGAACCGAGUACGGACGCGGUGGCCCCGGUGGUCGCCAUCCCCGAUAAAACCCUGUCGCCGAUCGAGGGCAAAGAGAACUUUCCGGAAGAUUUGCAAGGGAGUACCGCGGGUACCACCCGAAUAUCGAACGUCUCCUUCGAUAAUAACUUACCGGAAACGGAGGCGAAACGAGUACAAGAAGAAGAAGAGGAAGAAGAAGAAGAGAAGUCAUCGAACGUGAAACGGAUCAAGUUGGAGAUCCUAAAAGAGGCCGGCCUGGAAGUGACCGCGGUGACCCCAGAGCGUAGACCCUCGGUGAUUCAGCCGUUGCCGGGGUGUAAACCCUGUCCGAUGCCCCCUCCGCCUUCGCUAGUUAAUAAAACGACCCCCAGGAGGCACUCCGUGCCUUGCCCGGCGGCCAAACCCGACCGGUACCCCCCCAAAGUCCUCCAGUCCCGCUCCAUCUACUCCUACUCGGAAAAAACGAUUUACGGGAACCCCAAAGUGUUCGUGCGACCCUGCGCCGCCCCCAAGUCGGGCCCCGCGUCGCGUCAGGGGGGCCUCGACUGCGACCCCGUCGACUUAUCGUUAAACAGUCCGCAAAAAGGGAACGACGACGAGGCCCCCCCCCCUCACAAUUUAACCCCCGUGGCGAGAAAUUUGUAUAAAACUUGCGCCGCCCCCAAUAAUAUUGCGCCACCCCCGGCGGUGCUUCAAGGUCGCAAGUUCGGCCCCAAUUUGGAGAUCACCCUGGUGAAGCAGCCGCACACGAGACACCGAGGCACCGAGACUUACGCCCAAAAGAUCGCGAAACUUAAAUCGGAGGAGGCGGAGGCGCGCGCCAGGAACCGACGCGACCCCCUCCCCCCACCACCGAGCGUACAUCAUCCGACCAAUCGCAAUCCGAGGAAUAACCGCGACGCUCUACCGGUCGGGGCAAGCGCGUGCGUUAAACCGAAUAUACCGGUCGGUAAAGUGACCAAGGCGGCAACGUCGAACGCCGCCGCCCCGUACGUGCCGCCCCCCUUCGUGGACUCUUUGUACUACCGGGCGGCCAUACAGAACGUUUACACGAACUUGUCCAAUAUGCCGCACGCGUUACCGAUCCCCUCCCCCGAACAGUUGAAGUUUUACGCGGAACUGAUGGCGCACGGUAGACUCGCGAUGAUGCCGCCUCCUUCGUCUUAUUUGCCGCAGACGGACAACGGAAAUCCGCCCACCAGUACCAGUAACAAUAGUAAUAAUAGUAGUAGUACCAAGAAAACGUGAAUGGAACCCCCCCCUCCCCCCUCCCACUUUAUAUGUUCUUAUAUUCGGGCCAUUGGUUCGGUUAUUAUUAAAAAGUCACUAGCAAACAGAUCAGGUAAGUGGUCCGGCCAGUUCCGACGAACCAGUCCUCUCACUCUUGCUUUGCCUGUUCCAACCCGGUAUACUAAACACUCCGCGGCCCCGUUACGUUUCCUUUGACCUUUUUGCCCUUGAACUUGAUUAAAUGACUCCGCCUCUUCCCGGCGUUCCUGUCUAAACGUCAGUCGAAAUUUCGGCCCCAAUUUGUCCCAAAAGAGAAAAGUUCUCACUGUAAACGGACUUGGCUCCGUAGACCCCCGGCGAAAAAAAGUCACUGGGGUUCAAGUCGGGCGUGCGAGGAGGCCAAUGGAUGAUUUCCGAAGAUAAUGAGGAGCGUUCUGCUCUCGGUUUGUCUUGAACCGUCUAAAUCGCCCCCCUUUAGGUUCUCUUUUUAUUGUGCUCAAUUCUCCCCACCAGUUGUUCCCUGCUUGCCCUCAGUAUCAUGAUCCUGUUCAAACUGUUUGUUCGUUUGUUUAUUGGACUGGAGAGUUGCCCCUUCUUCCCCUCUAUUAUUAUCUAUUAUCUCUCUAUUAUAUUUUUUGAGUCAAAUAGUUUCUGAGUUAUCGACACUUUUGUCCAUCCACUUGAUUCAAGGUUCUUGAAAAGUUGCAGUAACACUUUUUUGAGUAUAUCUUAGACAUUUUUUGAGGUACUCAAAUGAGGGUUACACUCAAAGGAGCUGUGUUUAAUGGAGAACAUUUUGAUGUAUAAUACUUUUUUCUGAGUCAAGUAGUUUCUGAGUUAUCGACACUUUUGUCUGCCAACUUGAAUCAAGGUUUUUGAAAAGUUGCAGUAACACUUUUUUGAGUAUAUCUCGGGCAUUUUUUGAGGUACUCAAAUGAGGGUUACACUCAAAGGAGCUGUGUUUAAUGGAGAAUAUUUUGAUGUAUAAUACUUUUUUCUGAGUCAAGUAGUUUCUGAGUUAUCGACACUUUUGUCUGUCCACUUGAUUCAAGGUUCUUGGAAAGUUACUGUAACACUUUUUUGAGUAUAUCUUGGGCAUUUUUUGAGGUACUCAAAUGAGGGUUACACUCAAAGGAGCUGUGUUUAAUGGAGAAUAUUUUGAUGUAUAAUACUUUUUUCUGAGUCAAGUAGUUUCUGAGUUAUCGACACUUUUGUCUGUCCACUUGAUUCAAGGUUCUUGAAAAGUUGCAGUAACACUUUUUUGAGUAUAUCUUGGGCAUUUUUUGAGGUACUCAAAUGAGGGUGUUACUCAAAGGAGCUGUGUUUAAUGGAGAACAUUUUGAUGUAUAAUACUUUUUUCUGAGUCAAGUAGUUUCUGAGUUAUCGACACUUUUGUCUGUCCAUUUGAUUCAAGGUUUUUGAAAAGUUGCAGUAACACUUUUUUGAGUAUAUCUUGGGCAUUUUUUGAGGUACUCAAAUGAGGGUUUCACUCAAAGGAGCUGUGUUUAAUGGAGAAUAUUUUGAUGUAUAAUACUUUUUUCUGAGUCAAGUAGUUUCUGAGUUAUCGACACUUUUGUCUGCCAACUUGAUUCAAGGUUUUUGAAAAGUUGCAGUAACACUUUUUUGAGUAUAUCUUGGGCAUUUUUUGAGGUACUCAAAUGAGGGUUUCACUCAAAGGAGCUGUGUUUAAUGGAGAAUAUUUUGAUGUAUAAUACUUUUUUCUGAGUCAAGUAGUUUCUGAGUUAUCGACACUUUUGUCUGUCCACUUGAUUCAAGGUUCUUGAAAAGUUGCAGUAACACUUUUUUGAGUAUAUCUUGGGCAUUUUUUGAGGUACUCAAAUGAGGGUGUUACUCAAAGGAGCUGUGUUUAAUGGAGAACAUUUUGAUGUAUAAUACUUUUUUCUGAGUCAAGUAGUUUCUGAGUUAUUGACACUUUUGUCUGUCCACUUGAUUCAAGGUUUUUGAAAAGUUGCAGUAACACUUUUUUGAGUAUAUCUCGGGCAUUUUUUGAGGUACUCAAAUGAGGGUUACACUCAAAGGAGCUGUGUUUAAUGGAGAAUAUUUUGAUGUAUAAUACUUUUUUCUGAGUCAAGUAGUUUCUGAGUUAUCGACACUUUUGUCUGUCCACUUGAUUCAAGGUUCUUGAAAAGUUGCAGUAACACUUUUUUGAGUAUAUCUUGGGCAUUUUUUGAGGUACUCAAAUGAGGGUGUUACUCAAAGGAGCUGUGUUUAAUGGAGAACAUUUUGAUGUAUAAUACUUUUUUCUGAGUCAAGUAGUUUCUGAGUUAUCGACACUUUUGUCUGUCCAUUUGAUUCAAGGUUUUUGAAAAGUUGCAGUAACACUUUUUUGAGUAUAUCUUGGGCAUUUUUUGAGGUACUCAAAUGAGGGUUUCACUCAAAGGAGCUGUGUUUAAUGGAGAAUAUUUUGAUGUAUAAUACUUUUUUCUGAGUCAAGUAGUUUCUGAGUUAUCGACACUUUUGUCUGCCAACUUGAUUCAAGGUUUUUGAAAAGUUGCAGUAACACUUUUUUGAGUAUAUCUUGGGCAUUUUUUGAGGUACUCAAAUGAGGGUUUCACUCAAAGGAGCUGUGUUUAAUGGAGAAUAUUUUGAUGUAUAAUACUUUUUUCUGAGUCAAGUAGUUUCUGAGUUAUCGACACUUUUGUCUGUCCACUUGAUUCAAGGUUCUUGAAAAGUUGCAGUAACACUUUUUUGAGUAUAUCUUGGGCAUUUUUUGAAGUACUCAAAUGAGGGUUUCACUCAAAGGAACUGUGUUUAAUGGCGAAUAUUUUGAUGUUUAAUACUUUUUUCUGAGUCAAGUAGUUUCUGAGUUAUCGACACUUUUGUCUGUCCACUUGAUUCAAGGUUCUUGAAAAGUUGCAGUAACACUUUUUUGAGUAUAUCUUGGGCAUUUUUUGAGGUACUCAAAUGAGGGUUACACUCAAAGGAGCUGUGUUUAACGGAGAAUAUUUUGAUGUAUAAUACUUUUUUCUGAAUCAAGUAGUUUCUGAGUUAUUGACACUUUUACCUGUCCACUUGAUUCAAGGUUUUUGGAAAGUUACUGUAACACUUUUUUGAGUAUAUCUUGGGCAUUUUUUGAGGUACUCAAAUGAGGGUGUUACUCAAAGGAGCUGUGUUUAAUGGAGAACAUUUUGAUGUAUAAUACUUUUUUCUGAGUCAAGUAAUUUCUGAGUUAUCGACACUUUUGUCUGUCCACUUGAUUCAAGGUUCUUGAAAAGUUGCAGUAACACUUUUUUGAGUAUAUCUUGGGCAUUUUUUGAGGUACUCAAAUGAGGGUGUUACUCAAAGGAGCUGUGUUUAAUGGAGAACAUUUUGAUGUAUAAUACUUUUUUCUGAGUCAAGUAGUUUCUGAGUUAUCGACACUUUUGUCUGUCCAUUUGAUUCAAGGUUUUUGAAAAGUUGCAGUAACACUUUUUUGAGUAUAUCUUGGGCAUUUUUUGAGGUACUCAAAUGAGGGUGUUACUCAAAGGAGCUGUGUUUAAUGGAGAACAUUUUGAUGUAUAAUACUUUUUUCUGAGUCAAGUAGUUUCUGAGUUAUCGACACUUUUGUCUGUCCACUUGAUUCAAGGUUCUUGAAAAGUUGCAGUAACACUUUUUUGAGUAUAUCUUGGGCAUUUUUUGAGGUACUCAAAUGAGGGUGUUACUCAAAGGAGCUGUGUUUAAUGGAGAACAUUUUGAUGUAUAAUACUUUUUUCUGAGUCAAGUAGUUUCUGAGUUAUCGACACUUUUGUCUGUCCAUUUGAUUCAAGGUUUUUGAAAAGUUGCAGUAACACUUUUUUGAGUAUAUCUUGGGCAUUUUUUGAGGUACUUAAAUGAGGGUUUCACUCAAAGGAGCUGUGUUUAAUGGAGAAUAUUUUGAUGUAUAAUACUUUUUUCUGAGUCAAGUAGUUUCUGAGUUAUCGACACUUUUGUCUGUCCACUUGAUUCAAGGUUCUUGAAAAGUUGCAGUAACACUUUUUUGAGUAUAUCUUGGGCAUUUUUUGAGGUACUUAAAUGAGGGUUUCACUCAAAGGAGCUGUGUUUAAUGGCGAAUAUUUUGAUGUUUAAUACUUUUUUCUGAGUCAAGUAGUUUCUGAGUUAUCGACACUUUUGUCUGUUCACUUGAUUCAAGGUUCUUGAAAAGUUGCAGUAACACUUUUUUGAGUAUAUCUUAGACAUUUUUUGAGUUACUCAAAUGAGGGUUACACUCAAAGGAGCUGUGUUUAAUGGAGAAUAUUUUGAUGUAUAAUACUUUUUUCUGAGUCAAGUAGUUUCUGAGUUAUCAACACUUUUGUCUGUCCACUUGAUUCAAGGUUUUUGAAAAGUUGCAGUAACACUUUUUUGAGUAUAUCUUGGGCAUUUUUUGAGGUACUCAAAUGAGGGUGUUACUCAAAGGAGCUGUGUUUAAUGGAGAAUAUUUUGAUGUAUAAUACUUUUUUCUGAGUCAAGUAGUUUCUGAGUUAUCGACACUUUUACCUGUCCACUUGAUUCAAGGUUUUUGGAAAGUUACUGUAACACUUUUUUGAGUAUAUCUUAGACAUUUUUUGAGGUACUCAAAUGAGGGUUACACUCAAAGGAGCUGUGUUUAAUGGAGAACAUUUUGAUGUAUAAUACUUUUUUCUGAGUCAAAUAGUUUCUGAAUAUAACGAAUAUAAUAAUUCCGACGAACCAGUCGCUCCGGAAGUGAUUUUACUCCCAAAUCAAAUCGGGCCUGUACGCAGGCCUCUCACUCUUGCUUUGCCUAUUCCAACCCGGUAUACUAAACACACUCUUUAAUUAAAAUUACUCCUCCUCUUCCCGGCGUUCCUGCCUCUAAACAUCAGUAGUCGAGACCCCAAUUUGCCCUUAUUAAACACCGGACCAAAAGUCCUCGCUGUAAACGAACUUAACUCUUUAGACCCCGGCAAAAAAAAGUCACUGGGGUCCAAGUCGGGCGUGCGAGGAGGCCAAUGGAUGAUUUCCGAAGCUAACGAAGAGCAUUCUGCUUUCAAUUUAUCUUGAACUGUCUAAUUCUCUAUAAUUUGUUGUGCCCUCGGGACUCUUGAUUCUUCUCUCGGCCUCGCGAUCCUUCUUAUGUUCAACUGUUUGUUUAUUGGACCGGAGAGUUGCCCCUUCUUCCCCCCUCAUUCUCCCUCUCUCUCUCUCACUCUCGUUGAACUGGUUAAAGAGAGACGAAGAUGACUAUAGAUACCAAGGCCCGAUAUAAAAUUGUUAGUGUCUGUGAUUUACAUGUAUAAUAAUAAUAAUAAUAAUAGUAAUAAUAAUUUUGUACAUUGAGUAUAUUUUUUCUCCCGCCUUAUAGGGGGCGCCACCGUGCGGCGUGUAAAAUAAUAAUAAUAAUAGUAAUAAUAAAAAAACCGUAUAGGCAUAUGUACCUAAGUUUAGUGUAAAUAAGGUUUACUUUUAUAAGCAAAACAGCGGCGUGUCAAUAAAUUCAUUAAUUUAAUAAA